AUGGAAAGAGUGGGGUCAGUCCUGGCCAGACUGAGAGUUGAUACUUGUGACAAUGGAGCGCUGUGCCAGGAAUCCCUGAUGGUGGUCAAAUCUGGGGCCAAGAUGGCACUUCUGGCCACGAAAAAGUGCAGUUCCAACAGGAUACCCACAAUAACGUUGGUCCACCAUUCUCCACCACCCGGAAUAAUGGUCUUCUACAGCAGCUACUGUGAGCACUCCUUCUGUGACAGCAGAGAGAACAUCCCUGAGAUUUGGAAUUCAGGGGUGCCCCGUGCUCCCAAUAUGUCAACAACCUUCCACUGCCCAACCUGUUUAGCUCUUGGGGCCUGUUCGAGUGUGCCUUCUCUUCCCUGUCCCAUUGAUACAACUCAAUGCUAUCAAGGAAAACUUCGGGUUGCUGGAGGAGACAUUGACUCAACUUUGGAGGUCAAAGGCUGUACAUCUGUACCUCACUGUUGGCUGAUGUCUGGGAUAUUCACAAGUGUACCCAAGUGGGUAAAGGAAAUGUGUCCAUACCAAUCUCUCAUUCAGUCCCGAAAGGUUGGAAAUGGGGCCACCACUUGGCUCUCCAUUUCAGUUGGAAGAUUAGGGCUAUUGCUGCUGCUAUUGCUAUAA